AUGAAUCAAUUCGUUAUGCGUCACUCAGUUCGUGGAAUGCCCACCGCAACAGGCGAACCUAGGGACCAAGUUAAUCGACCUAAACAGAUCCGGCCUGCUCCUCAUAUUCCGCAUCCACCACCUGUCUCUCGGACGCGCCCUCCAGAGGCUCCAGCAUGGGUUCAACUGUGCCGUCCGCCGAAUGGUCUUGAUGUCGUGCACAACGGCGGAGUUUGGGCGCCGGUUGAUAUCAGGCGAAAGCCGGCGUGUCUGGUCUCGGUGUUGAUGCCAGAGCCAUCUCGGCUCGAGCACGGGGGCUGGGGGAGCGGGUGCGGGAAAGGGUGGAACGCCAUAGUCGUGUGGCUUCCGGUCGAGGGAGAUACUGUUGUUACGGCAGUGGUGGUGGUGUCGGCUUCUCCUGUUGCUGGGGUCCUUCUGUGGCUGUUGUUGAUGCUGCGCGUCCCGGCGAAGGUCUGUCACAAGUGUGAGCGAGACAAGAGUUCGACGGGCCCCAUCCAGGAAGUAUGUGGGGGCUCCGAAGAGCUGAUGAAGCAACGUCGAGAGGAUUUAGCAGAGCAGCUUAGUGAGGAUGAGGCCAGGUAUAUAUUUGAGAUGAGCUGGGUCCGCGGCCUGGUCGAGGAAGUUGUUCAACUUGGUGUGCAUGACCACGAGUAUCGAUAUGUAGACGGCCGGGUCGACGAGUUAGCAGAUGAGAUCCGAGUUGAGACCUAG